AUGAUUAAUGAGGAAAUUUCCACCAUUUUCGUUGUCGGGUUCCCUGACGACAUGCAAGAGCGUGAAUUUCAGAACAUGUUUAUCUUCUCUCCUGGCUUUGAAGCGGCUACCUUGAAAAUUCCGCAGAAGGACUCAUCCGAUGAUGAUUCCAAUGGAAAUAAUACCGGAAACAACCCUCGCAAGCAAAUCAUCGGUUUUGCUAAAUUCCGUUCUCGUGUAGAGGCAGUAGAUGCACGCAAUAUUCUCACUGGUCGCAAAGUAGAUGCCGAAAAAGGUUCUGUUCUUAAAGCAGAAAUGGCAAAGAAAAACCUUCACACCAAGCGCGGCCUCUCAAAUGAUCAAAACACGCCUUUAAAUUAUCCUCUUCUCGCCAACAAGCGCUUUCCGACUCCAACAAAUAUCAAUACUGGCGCACCUGGAUUCGAUGCAUUCGUUUCACCGUAUGCUCACGCACUGCCAAACGAACUAUUGGCUGCAGAAUAUCAAUACGACCUCUAUUCAGACGUGAGUGGAGUGUAUACGCCUACUACGCCAACGACACCGGUUUACGAACAUGGGACCUUCUCAGCCAGGGGUUCAUUCGAUGCUGGCAAUGGUGCUAUUGCUGGAAUGGUUGGAGCGCCAAGAGGAUUGGUUAACACCGUGAGAUAUGGCAAUAAAGGAUUUAUUGACGGAGAAGAUUUGUACGUAUCAAAGACAACGCCGGUCGAAAUUAAAAAGUUGCCACCCGUGAAUCCAUUGUUUGCUAACGAUGAAUUGAGCAAUCGCAUGGCACAACUGGCAUUGAGCACCUCUGCAGUGGCAUCUUCACCUUCGGUUGGUGGAAACCUUCCGUUCAGAACACCAAAUCCUGCUGAUCAGAACCCUCCUUGUAAUACUCUGUAUGUCGGUAAUCUACCAAUGAAUACAUCAGAGGAAGAGCUUAAACAGCUCUUUUCAAAGUGUCCCGGAUACAAACGUAUGUGCUUCCGCACCAAGCAGAAUGGCCCAAUGUGCUUUGUAGAGUUUGAAGACGUUCAUUAUGCCACCCAGGCAAUGACAGAAUUGUACGGCAACCCAUUAUCAAACUCUGUCAAAGGUGGUAUACGCCUUAGUUUCUCAAAGAAUCCUCUCGGUGUACGUAGCAAUAACAACAACACUGGUUCCUCGACCUCCUCCACUCCUACCGAUCGCCGAGACUCUAUCCCUUCUCUCGAACGUCGUGACUCGGCAUAUGGCAUAGUUUCCGAGCGCCGUAAUUCUUCAUCCUGUUUCAAUUUUGAGCGACGCGAUUCGGCAUUCAGUCUUUUGCCAGAAAGAAGGGACUCGCCCUGUCUCGGCUUGGAACGAAGAGAUUCUAUCUCGUCAGCAUUCUUGCCUCAAGACAGAUUUGAUUUUGAAAGGAGAGGCUCCGCAGCAAGUUUCUUGCUAGGGCAGGAGAGAAGAGAUUCGUUCUUUGAUGGGACGAGGCGAGAUUCUUUUAGUUUUGACCCGCAAUUGGUGUGA